AGUUGCUUUUCUGAUCUCUACGUUUAAAGGCCUAACGCAUCAUAAAAAUCAUCCAAUUAAAAUGACCUUGAAAGUUUUCUUUUUUAUUCCGCUUUUAUUAGCGAUCGUGUCAAUGUGCUUUGCUGUGGAAAAAGUUGCAAUUCCCGAUGAAUGUGCGCAGUCUUGUCCACCUACAGGCCAACAACUAUGUGCAAAAAACACCGUAACACAACAGUUGGGAGUAUUUGACAGCGAUUGUAUAUUUGGACGAUAUAACAGCUGCACUAAGAUAGCUCAAAAAUAUGAGUUUGUUCGUUAUGGUGACUGCUCAACAGACAACGUUUGACAACGAUCAGCUAAGCUUUGUUCAAUGUUGAACGGCAACAUUGUAUGAAAUUUGUUUUGUCAUAUUUACAAUUACAUUCAUUAUCAAACAUAAUGCCCUUGUAAGCUCAAAAAUAAAUAUAAAUAAAAACUUUGAUCUUACCAGCAAACAAAA